CGUCCGUGCAGCGUCCCGUCUCCGUUCGUCCGGUUGUGGUCUGUUUUAAUCUUUGCGAGCCUGACGGAUUUUUUUCGAGCCGAUCUUGGAUUGAUCGACGUUAUUCGAGGAAUCACUUGACCGUCUGCUGUGAGGGGGCAUGGCAGAGGAGAAAGAGAGCGGGGGUGAAAAGAAAGCGGCAGAGAAUGGCCCCUCGGACUCUACCCCCUCCUCCAAGUCCCGUCGCUCAGGAGGGGUUACAAGGGGCAAGGGCGGCGUCCCAUGCAGAGUGCACAUGCUGGACGGAUCAGAUUUUGACUGCGAGCUCGAGCGCAAAGCCAAGGGACAGGAGUUGUUUGAUCGCGUUUGUGAAUCCCUCAACCUACUGGAGCGUGACUACUUUGGUCUCUCCUUCAGAGACCAUGAGGACGCUAGGAAUUGGAUCAACCUUGAGAAAAGGCUAUCAAAGCAACUCAAACACACACCCUGGGAGAUGUCGUUCGAAGUGAAAUUCUAUCCACCAGACCCAGCUCAGUUGCAGGAAGAUAUCACAAGGUAUCAGCUCUGCCUGCAAAUCCGAGACGACAUUCUGUCGGGAAAGCUUCCCUGUUCCUUUGUAACCCAUGCCCUACUGGGAUCAUACCUUGUUCAAGCUGAACUUGGUGACUUUGACCCCGAAGACCAUGCAGGGAACUACCUGUCUGAGUUCCGCUUUGCCCCGAACCAGACGCCAGAACUUGAGGACAAAGUCAUGGAACUUCACAAACAACAUAAGGGCCAGACGCCAGCGGAAGCGGAGCUACACUACCUGGAGAACGCCAAGAAAUUAGCCAUGUACGGGGUCGACCUCCAUCAGGCACGGGACUCUGAAGGGGUUGACAUCAUGCUGGGCGUGUGCUCUUCGGGGCUGUUGGUCUACCGCGACCGACUGCGCAUCAACCGCUUUGCCUGGCCCAAAAUUCUCAAGAUAUCCUACAAGCGGAACAACUUCUACAUCAAGAUUCGACCAGGAGAGUUUGAACAGUUUGAGAGUACGAUAGGCUUCAAGUUAGCAAAUCACCGUGCAGCAAAGCGGUUGUGGAAGGUCUGCGUUGAACACCAUACUUUCUUCAGGCUGAUGUCUCCGGAGCCAGCGCCAAAGCAACGACUGUUCUUCCCCCGGUUCGGAUCCAAGUUCCGUUACUCGGGCCGAACGCAGUACCAGUCGAGGCAAGCGAGUGCUCGCAUCGACCGCCCUCCGCCACACUUCGAGCGCACGCUCAGCAACAAACGCUUUUCCUCUCGUAGUAUGGAUGCAUUGACAUUGCCUUCGCGGGAGAGGCCCGUGGUAGUGCCAGAAGAGAGCAAGCGGCACACUCUUGCAGGGGCCCCCGCAUUGCGGAAGUUGCCGAGCGAUGAGCCCGGAAACCAGGAAGAGCUGACCAAGAUGUCGGCCAAAGCAGCUGCCCAGGGUGCAAAGGCUGCUGGGAAGGAACUGGUUGACCCAAAUCUGCGGGACGGCGUGCGGGACACGGACGUGUCUCCCGGAGACACGGAUAAGAAGAAAGACAAGAGACCUGUAGGCGGGGUAGCAGUCAUGUUGCCCAUGGACAUGAAGAAAAUGGAACAACGUCAGAGUCACCACGAAACAAAAUCUUCCAAGCCUUCCAAGGAGGAUGCACGGAAAUCUGUGGUGAGCGAUGAGAAGGCAACCGGAAAGGGCGGCAAGUCACCGACGUCCCCAUCUAAGGACACGAAGGGCGGCAAGUCGAAGAGCGAGACUUCUAAACCGAAGGAAAAACCGUCGAAAGAGAAGUCCGACGUGGCCGAGGUGAAGGUGAUCCAGUUGCAGGAUCCCAGCACGGGAAUCACGACGGAGGUUUACGUAACUUCCCGCGACGUCCCUUCUGGUGGCGGCGGAAAAGAGAAGAAGGGGGAUGAAGUGGAGAAGUUGAGGGGACGGAGGGACAACUCCCUCCCGAGCAAGUCGAGUCCAAGGAUCUCUGAGCAGGUUGGAAAGAGCGGGGACAUUCCAACCGUAACGGGGGUCUCGCCGAACGACGACUCUGUAGAAGACUGGGAGCGCAGGGAGCAGCUGCGGCCGACGAAAUCCGAGAGUAGGCUGGAGAAUUUUUCGGAGAAAGGUAUACAGGACCAGGACGUGGUCCGGCUCUCUCUGACCCGGUCGCGCGAGAAGCUCGGACCUCUGUCGGAGAGCGGAGACAAAGUGGCAGCGACGGAACCUGCCGGAGGUUACAGGAAAGGGAUUGAGGCGUCCGGGGCGAGGCCGAAAGAAGGGUUCUGGCCACCGACCAUUUCGAAACAACCUCGUUCUUCCAACGCGCAGGAGCCCCCGGACACGCAGGCGCCGGUGACGAGCACGCCGAGGCCCUCUGGCGGACCGCGGACUUCGGCAACGCAUGGCUUUGGGACGGCUACCUCAGACGAAGCCGCACGACGAGCUGCGGGUUUCAUCGGGAGGCAGACGUCUCCAUACACAAAGGAGUACACGUACGAAGUAGAGGAACAAGGCGACCAGAGGCGACCGUACAGUCCGACACGGACGGGAUUCAGCUACGCCCAGCCGACCACCCCACCGACCUCGCCGUCCGGGCAGGAAGCGGGCGAAAUGUCCCCCGGAUCGCGCCAGGUGAGAGGGCUCGCGUUCACCUACUCGCCCACGCGAACUGCGCCUCCGAAGGAAACCGCGAUCACAGGCGCGCCCACCGCGACCAAGGUCAGCACGAAGGGCGACAAGAAGAACGGACACAAGGAGAAGAAGGGGAAGGUGCCAGGAACCGGAGGAAAGGUUCACGGGAUCGACUCGUCACCCAGCUCGGAGUCGGAGUCGUCGGACAGCAGCCUCGACGAGUACAAGGAAGAGAAGGCGAUGACUCCGUCGAAAGUCGCAAAGACAAAGUCGUCGCCGCCUUACCCGUCGCAGAAAAUGACGUACAAGGUGCCCACGAAGAAAGUGAUUGCGCACGCAGACGGCACGUACGAGGAAGUGAUCGAAGAGCCAGGCCAAGUGCUGGCCGGCACAAGACCCGUGGUCGUGGGGGUGGUGCCCUCUGCAGGGAGGCCGACAUCGCCGGGAAAGACAACGCCACCUGGACCGAGGGGGCCUGCUUCGACAGCAUUCGCAAAGGAGAGUAAGCUGUCGCCAACAUCGUCCAAGAUUCCAACACUGGGGAAAGACACCUCUCCUCAGCAGUUUGCAUCUUUCUCCUUGGGUAAAGGGUCAGUUGAGGUGUCUCCAACGUCCCCAGAUGGUCCUGCAGGUGUGGGUAGCUUAGAUACGACACGAAAAUCUACUUCAACGCAGCAGCAGAGAACAGUGACCCAGCAGAUGGCCAGGUCUGCAAAGGUUGUCGCAGUGCCCAUUGAAGAUCUUCCGUCGACCAUUGUUAAAACAGAGGCAAUGAAGUACGACCCAACCGCAAUGACGGGCGCGCCGCAUCCGACAAGCACGACGACUGUCCCCGUGGUAUCAACCGAAACUCGGAAGGUGGCUUACCAGGUGGACCAACCAGGAGAAGGCAUGCCGCCGACGGGAGCGCGAUUCGCAGCCACGACGGUCACAACGAGUGCAGUGCCACCGCAUGAUGUGGUUGAGCAGGAAGGAGAGAUUGUCAGUUCUCAAACCAUCUCCAGCAAGACGCGCACUGUCGAAACAGUCACUUACAAGAUGGAGAGGGAUGGCGUGGUGGAGACGCGGGUAGAGCAGAAAAUCACGAUUCAGAGCGACGGGGACCCCAUCGACCACGACCGGGCGCUGGCUGAGGCCAUCCAGGAGGCCACCAUGAUGAACCCCGACAUGACGGUCGAGAAGAUUGAAAUCCAGCAGCAGUCUGCUGCUAAAUAGAUUCAUCUUCCUCAUCUUCAUCUGCUGCUGCUAAAGUUCUGCCGGGGCUAUUCAUCUUCUUGUAAUCAACCCAGUCGCAUCGCUAACGAACGCUCGAUGUCUCAGCUACCUAGUGCGUCGAGAAUCGUCGUCACCGUGCCCUCUUCCGCCAACGAAGAAAGGAGAAGCCGGUCAGGUUGACCGAAGUGGACCGUUGCAUCCAUUUUGUGCCGAGGCAUGUGGAGCGACACAGAAAAGGCGGGCAACAAUCUCUCCGUUUAUGCGUAAAAUUUUGAAAUGUAAAUGUUUCCGUAUCACUGUUCGAGCGUUAAAGGAGGGAUUGUUCGUCCCCUCUGGCGGGAUGACGGCUGCCCGACUCUGUGUGCUUUACUGCCGAAGGAAGCGGGAAAAAGUUUUGGCCGUGUUUUUAAUGACGCAAAGUUUCACUCUCUCUCUUUUUUUUGUUCAGUCGGACGUCGUGCUACAGUGUGUCAAAUUUUAUGCGGGAUACAACCUCGCAGGGUGGUGGUAAAUAGGAAGUGACAAAACGGCAACGUGUCUGAACGAGCGACACAAAAUUGUUCGCUCGUUUUUUUGCGGCUGGUUGAGACCGUGUGGCAAGAUGUUGAGGUCUAGGACGGCGUAAAGGUGCCCGCGGUUGUUUUGAUCUCCUUUGUGGUUUUUCUUGUCGUUUCGUUCACUAUCUGCCGACUUGCAGCAUAAUCGCAGCGUUCGUUUUGUAACAAGUUGACGACUUAGUGUAUACACCCGUACAUUGGUGAGAUACUUUUCCUUUGGUGCAAACCCUCAAUGCCCGUGAGCUUCUGUGUUGAUCAACAUUCCAGCGCAGCAAAGUGCAAAAUUCCGCAGCGUGCACAUCUUUUCCCUUACUCGUUUUCGCAUGCUCUAAUCGUCGUGUUACGUCGGGUUAACAUGAACGUUACAACGCUACAGAAAAGCGACGUUGAAGCAACAAGGAAAGAGAAGUCGUUUUGUGAUGUACAUAUAUAUGCAUUUUGAGCGAGAUACAUGUGCUUUGCAUACCUCGCAUACUUCUAGUAUAUCUGGAUAGUUAUUUUUAUUCCGCGUCGACUGCCAUGCACGAGUCCGCCACUUUUUUGUCUAGUUGAGGAGAGCGUGGUAGAGGAGACAUUGUGCUCAACAGCAUUUUACAGCUUGUUUGUGUGAAGUCUUUUGUUUUUUGUCCCCCUCCCCCGAGAUGUUUUAAAUCUAGUUAUACACAUAUAUAUAUAUAUUAUGCAUAUGUAUGUAUGCAUUGAGAGCAGCUGACAAACGAUGUCAUGCAGUGUGACAUACUUCUCUGUUUUUUUUUUCUCUGUUCUGUUCUCUUUGUGAAAGUGUAAAAAACACAGGGGCAGUCUCUGUUAGCUUGCAACUGUAUCUUUGCUCACUUUCUGUGCACUUCUUUCCGUGGAUCACAAGACUACACGGGCCAAAGGCGGCUAAACCUUUCGCGUUUUCCUUUUUUCCUUUCUUCUUUUCCGUUUGGGGAGGCUUUAAUAGUACAAAAAGAACAGUCUCCACACGAAUCAGACUGGCCGGAACAAAGUGGUGAUGCAGCUUGUGGCACAGAGCAGUGCAUAGCAUGAUGCAGAAAUUAUGAACGCUGCAGCUCUACGGUAGUUUUUGUUUUUUGGGGGGUACUACUACUAUUACUACUACUACUACUACUACUACUUGUAUUUCACUGCCCGUAAAAUAAGGGGGUGCUGUUGCGUGAACAGAGCUGCACGAGCUAUUGUGUUGUGCCUCACGGUUGAAUGCGGAUCGUAUGGCCUCUCGAGAGCGUAGGUACUAGUGAGAGGGUUAAGAGAGGUGAAGUAGUGGACGAAUAGAGCAAAACGUCGACGUGCGAGGGACUGCAUAGCUACAGCAAAGUGACCUAUGUAUUUGGUGCAGCAUAGCUAGAGAGUAACGGAAAGGAAAUGGCUUCCGGAUCUUUUUUCUGUCUCUCGCCGUUGCCAUAUUUUGAUAUGCAAAUCAUAUUCCCUUCAACUUAUAAAAAGUAGAAGUAAAUUAGAGCCUGAAGUUUUCGGGAAAUAUCUUUUUCUAAAUUCAGGGGGUAAAAAUCGGGUAAAAAUAAACAUGUGCUCUAAAUUCGUGCGAAUUCAUGUGGAAAAACGUCCAGUACGCUGAAUUCGGGGGGAGAAAUCUGGCUCAGUUACUCAAACUAACUGUACUGGCUUGGUACAAACAGUGAUGUAACUGCAUUUGCUGCAAAACAAGUAUGUUAGUGCAUUCCUACAGACAUCCAGAGUGAGGGGAAUUUGGCGGGUAAAAAUCGGGUUUCACCCUAAAGAGUCAACCUUCAAUUUGGGGGUGCAAAUUCGGGGAAGAAUCGGGUAAAACCCUAAAACUUCAGGCUCUAACUGUAUUACGUUCCCAUCUCGUCUCACCUAGACGUGGAAAAGGGGGCGUAACAUUUUAUGUUGCGCGUUCGCUAUAUAUUCAAUAAUUUUGAGCGUGUAUAUCGUGGUAUUUUGCAUCUUGCCUCGAUCUCUCUGAAAUUUGCGAGCAAGAAAUUGAGCACUUUAAGGCAGUCACGUAACCCUUUCAUUACUGGCACAUUACACGGCACGAAUUUCAUGUAAACGGGCACGGGGUGUUGAAUUUGUGCAGAAUGUACAAAUAUAUAUAUGCGCACAGUGUUGUUGUCUGCACUAAAAAGCAGGAGCUCUGUGUUGGCCCCAGUAAUCUAAUAUUGCGCUUUUGAUCUCCAGUUUCAAACUUAACGACGUUGGAGCGAGCUGCAGGGCCUUGCUUUUUCGUGCAGACGGCCAUGUGCAUUGCUGCUUGAAACUACAACGUUGUUGGCAUAACAUUGUCAAGUGUUGGCAGCAUCGAGUGUUUUGAGAGCAGAGCAGGUGCCUUUAAAUUUUAGAGACAGAGCAUGGCUUAGUUUGGAAGCAGGGUGCACCUAACGCUAGUCACAUGACACGUGUGACUGAAGUGUUUCGACUGAAGCUUCGUAUUUUAGUUUGCAGUCUCCUUGGCACUCUUUUUUUUUGACGAUCGGACUUCCCCAGUUGUGUGGUUGAGGCGUUUUAUCUAAUGCACGAAGCAGAUAUCAUUUUCAUAGUUUUUGAGUUUUGCAUCCUUCAUUUUUCAUUCAUUUAAAUGCACUUGGACAGUAAAUUUGUUAUGUGUAGAGAAGAGAAUGGUUUUCUCGCAUUGUAUUUCUGGGCGAGUUUCAGGCUCUCCCUUUAGUUCUGUCUCAUUCUUAGCUGGAAGGACUUGCAAGUUAUUUUCGUGAUGGAAAGUGCGACAUGUUCUUUAUGUACACCAUCGUCUUACACCAUCUGUACAGUGUGCGAACACAAAAUGAAAGUGACUGUACAUAAAUAGUUGUGCAGCUUUACAGAGGCAUUUUCGCGUCAUGUUUUAUUUUUUCCGUGCCCCCGUCUACUCCGGAUAUUGUAACAACGUUGUGUGAUAGUUCUCUCAUGUUUUGUUGUCUCAAUUCUGGCAUUUUUACUUUCACAGUGGUGUUGGUUACUCCAUUUUUGUGUCUCUGAUUUCAUUAGAGUUUAUCGUCUUUUUUUUUUUUUUUUGCAGUUAGACUGCGGUACGAGAAUUAAAGUUCUUACGUUUCUUACGUGCUAUUUAAAACGGGGGAUGCGGGAACGUUUCACCGACUUGGACAAAAAGAAGAAGAAAAAAGAUCCCUGUGAACAAAAAGAAACGUGUAUGUGGGGGGCACAACUAAAUGCUGUUUCCUACAUGCUAUCUUACUUUAAAUAAAUGGUUUAUUACA